ACGCAUCAACUGAAUUAUUUUUGCUACUUCUUCUUUCUCACUCAGAAUACUUGUGAUAUCGCCCUGGUUGGCAAUUCAUCAGUCUUCUUAGAUUCGCCUUUUCGACUACUUUGUCAGAAUGAAGAGCUUUUUCAUAAUCAGUGGGCUGUUGGCCGCAUCGGCCUCCGCGCACAUGCAAAUGAGUUCGCCGUAUCCUAUCAGGAGCCCAUUGAACAAGAACAAUACCGGCAAGGUGGACUAUUCUUACACCAAUCCUCUCUCGACUUCCGGGUCUGAUUACCCCUGCAAGGGGUAUGCCAACGACUCGUUCGUCUCCGUGGCCGACUAUACCCCGGGACAGACGUAUCAGAUCACGUUGGCUGGUAGCGCGACUCACGGCGGUGGCUCGUGUCAAAUCUCUUUGUCUUACGACCAGGGGAAGACCUUCAAGGUCAUCCACUCCAUGCUUGGAGGUUGCCCACUGCAAGAUUCGUAUGACUUCCAGGUGCCAUCCGACGCGCCUUCGGGUCAGGCCCUGCUGGCCUGGACGUGGUUCAACAAAAUCGGGAACCGUGAGAUGUACAUGAACUGUGCCCAGGUGACAGUCAAGGGAGCUUCCUCCAAGCGUGACCACCGUCGGGAUAUACAUUCCAAGCUCGCGCCUCGGGCUGCCUUCAGCAACCUCCCUCCCAUUUUCUUGGCCAAUGUCAACCAGGAGGGUCAAUGUACCACGAUUGAGGAUUAUGAAGUCAACUUUCCUCUUCCCGGUUCCAGCGUCGAGGGCAGUCUCAAUGGAACAGGCUUCACUUGCAAGAGCAACGCUGCCUUCCUGGGUUCUGGCUCAAUCUCGUCCGGGCCCUCGAGCUCUUCGUCUUCUUCUAGUUCCAAGUCCCCCUCCGCCACCAACGCAGCUCUCUUCCAUGCUUCCUCCAGCUCCGCCCGGAUUUUCCAGUCCAGCAGCAGCAUGAGGGCAUCGAGCUUUGGCACCGUCCCCACCCCCUCUCAAUCCUUCCCCAGCUCGACCCCGGGUUUUGCGACCAGCCUUCCUAGCAACACUCCCAGCGCUGAUUCCCAGCGCACUGGAUCCGAGUCCAACACUGGAUCCUGCUCUUCUGGCUCCAUCAUCUGCUCACCUGAUGGCAGCACCUGGUCUCUCUGUGCCAACGGCGCCGCCGUCCCGAUGGGCAUGGUCGCAUCUGGCACCCACUGCCGCAAUGGCGCCAUGAUUCCGGCUUAGCCGUGCCUCGGUCCCUCAGCAUUCAGCUUGUAGUCAAUACCUUUCAUCAUCUAUUUCGAUUCCCCCUUAUUCGGUCAUCGCCUGGCGCGAUACCCCCGACUUUCCC